UCCUUCGCUUACGCUGACCAGUGAAGUGAAGAUGGCGGCGGCCGAAUCGGAUCGCGAAGUACCGUCCGCUCUCUGUAGCGAAUUUCUGAAUUUUUCUGCCAAGGACACAGCAUCGAGAUGGCUGCAGGUGAGCGACCUGCCCAGAGAGGUGUACCAGCACCUGGCGUGCUACGUGCCUCAGAUCUACUGCCAGGGCCCCAACCUGAACCCCCAGAGUGAGGAGCUGCUGACGCAGCUGCUGUUGCAGUCCCCGCUGGAGUGGUACCUGUGUGGGGAGGAGCCCUCCACCGGCCUGGCCAAGCUGGAGCAGAUCAACCAGCCCUCCCAGCUCUGCGGACACGUCUUUAAAGUGGGAGAGCCCACUUACUCCUGCAGGGAGUGUGCUGCAGACCCCACGUGUGUGUUGUGCAUGCAGUGUUUCCUGGGUAGCGUGCAUAAAGAACACCGCUACAGGAUGACUACCUCUGGGGGCGGUGGAUUCUGCGACUGUGGAGACACGGAGGCGUGGAAGGAGGGUCCUUACUGUCAGAAACACGAGCCCAACAUCAGCGACAGCUCUCAAGAGGACCCCCUUGCCCACCUGACUCCAGACAUGGCUGCGCGCACCUAUAAAGUCUUCUCCAUCAUGCUGAAGUAUGCCGUCGACAUGCUCACCUGGGAGAAGGAGGACGAGCUGCCACAAGGCCUUGAACCACCGGAGCGGGCGGACACCUACUACUGCAUGCUGUUUAAUGACGAGGUGCACACGUACGAGCAGGUCAUCUACACUCUGCAGAAGGCCGUCAACUGCACACAGAAGGAGGCCGUCAGCUUCGCCACCACCGUCGACAGAGACGGGAGGAAGUCCGUGCGGUAUGGGGACUUCCAGUUCUGUGAGCAGGCCAAGUCUAUUAUUGUGAGAAACACCAGUCGGCAGUCGAAGCCCUUGCGUGUGCAGGUAAUGCACUCCUCAGUAGUGGCACAUCAGUGUUUUGCACUCAAAGCCCUCGGCUGGAUGGGACACGUCAUCAGGCACUCAGAUGCGCUGCGGAGGGUGCUGUGCCAGGUUGGGCUCCAGAGGGGUCCAGAUGGUGAGGGCUCUCUAGUGGACACGCUGAUGCUCUGCGACUCCAAGAUGUGGAAAGGUGCGAGGAAUGUGUACCACCAGCUGCUUAUGAGCAGUCUCCUCAUGGACCUGAAGUACAAGAAGCUGUUUGCCAUCCAGUUUGCCAAGAACUAUGAACGCUUGCAGAGUGACUAUGUGAGGGACGACCAUGACAGGGAGUACUCGGUCACAGACCUCUCCGUACAAAUGUUCACAGUGCCCUCCCUGGCGCGCAUGCUGAUCACGGAGGAGAACCUGAUGACCACCAUCAUCCGCACCUUCGUGGACCACCUGCGCCACCGGGACCUGCAGGGCCGAUUCCAGUUCGAGCGCUACACCGCCCAGCAGGCCUUCAAGUUCCGCAGGGUCCAGAGCCUCAUCGGAGACCUCAAGUACGUCCUGAUCAGUCGCCCCACUGAAUGGUCAGACAAGCUCAGAGAGAAGUUUCUGGAAGGACUGGACGCAUUCCUGGAGCUGCUCAAGUGCAUGCAGGGUAUGGACCCUGUGGUCAGGCAGGUUGGCCAGCACAUAGAGAUGGAACCGGAGUGGGAAGCGGCCUUCACCCUACAGAUGAAACUCACACACAUCAUAUCAAUGAUCCAGGAGUGGUGUUCUUCUGACGAGCGGGUUCUGAUCGAGGCGUAUAAGAAGUGCCUUACCAUCCUCACACACUGCCACAGUGGCUUCACAGACGGGGAGCAGCCCAUCACGCUGAGCAUGUGCGGACACUCCGUCGACACCAUCCGCUACUGCGUCAGCCAGGAGAAAGUCAGCAUCCACCUGCCCGUGUCUCGCCUUCUCGCAGGUUUACAUGUUCUUCUCAGCAAAUCAGAAGUGGCCUACCGCUUUCCUGAGCAACUACCCCUGAGUGAGCUGAGCCCCCCCAUGCUGAUAGAACACCCCCUCCGCUGCCUGGUGCUCUGUGCCCAGGUGCAUGCUGGGAUGUGGCGGAGGAACGGCUUCUCAUUGGUCAAUCAGAUCUACUACUACCACAAUGUGAAGUGCAGAGUGGAGAUGUUCGAUAAAGACCUCAUCAUGUUACAGGCGGGAGCCUCCAUGAUGGAUGCCAACCACUUCCUGAUGAUCAUGCUAAGUCGCUUUGAGCUUUUCCACAUCUUCAGCUCCAUCGACGGACGCAAGAGAUACAGUAGAGAGAACGCCAACAAGGAUGUGGUCCAACAGAACAACACUCUAAUUGAGGAGAUGCUUCACCUCAUCAUCAUGGUUGUGGGUGAGCGGUUUGUGGCCGGUAUUGGUCAGGUCCAUGUGUGUGAAGAGAUAAAGCGUGAGAUCAUCCAUCAGCUCUGCAUCAGGCCAAUGGCCCACAGCGAGCUCGUCAAAGCACUACCAGAGAACGAGAACAAGGAGACAGGCAUGGAGAGGGUGAUCGACAGUGUGGCUUCCUUCAAGAAGCCUGGUGUUACGGGCAGAGGGCUGUAUGAACUGAGACCAGCGUGUGCCAAGCAGUUUAACCUCUACUUUCACCAUUACUCACGUGCAGAUCAGUCUAAGGCUGAAGAGGCCCAGAGGAAGCUCAAGAGACAGCAAGGGGAGGACACAGCGCUGCCCCCCCCAGUGCUGCCCCAGUUCUGUGCGCUGUUCGGCAGCCUGGUGAAGCUGCUGCAGUGUGACGUGCUGCUCAGCAUCGUCCACACCGUGCUGCAGUGGAGCCUGGAGACCAGCGGGGGGCACUGGUCUGAGUCCAUGCUGCAGAGGGUGCUGCACCUGAUAGGAAUGGCUCUGUUGGAGGAGCAUCAACAGCUGGAGAACAGUGAAGAGGAGGCGACUUUCAGCUUCACACUCAAGAUCUCUCGCCCUGGUGAGGCCCCCUCUAACUCUGCCAGUAUUCUAGCUCUGCUGGAGACCCUUCAGAACGCCCCACACCUGGAGGUGCACAAGGACACCAUCCGCUGGAUCCUCAAGACGGUGGCGGGCAUUAAGACCAUGCGGGAGCGCACCGCCACCACUCCUGCUGCAGACCAUGGAGGACAAAGCCAAGAAGAGACGGUGCGGGAUAAGGAUAAGGCCGAGAGGAAGAGAAAGGCUGAGAUGGCCCGCCUGCGGAGGGAGAAGAUCAUGGCUCAGAUGUCGGAGAUGCAGAGACACUUCAUCAACGAGAACAAGGAGCUGUUCCAGCAGACCAGCCUGGACGAGCUAGAGGCCUCCGCAUCUACCUCAGUGGAACACAGCCCCACGAGUGCGGACGCGGCGCUAGUGUGUGUGGGGCCGCGGCGGACGCGUGUGUGUGAGCGGAAGCAGGUGGUGACGUGCAUCCUGUGCCAGGAGGAGCAGGAGAUCCGGCCCGACGGGAGAGCCAUGGUGCUCGCCGCCUUCGUCCAGCGCUCCACCGUCAUGUCCAAGAACCGCCAGCGCCCGCCCCCGGACCCCGAGAAGUACGAUCCCAUCUUCAUGCAUCCUGACCUGUCCAUCGGCACACACACAGGAAGCUGCGGACACAUCAUGCACUCUCACUGCUGGCAGAGGUACUUUGAGGCGGUGCAGGCGAAGGAGCAGCGGCGUCAGCAGCGCCUGCGUGUGCACACCAGCUACGACGUGGAGAACGGAGAGUUCCUGUGUCCACUCUGCGAAUGUCUGAGCAACACAGUCAUCCCCCUACUGCCCCUCAAAAAGACCUCCAGCAGCUGUGACCCGCCCACACUGGGCCCGUGGCUGAAGACGAUUGGUCAGCAGGUCAGGUCUCUUCACUCUGCCCACAGGAAGGCCAAAGCCACCAGUGCAGAGUGUCUGGACAGCGAGCCUGACUGCCCAGCACCACAGGGAUUCAGACUGGACCGCACUCCAACGAGUCCGUACUCUGACAGCAUUAAGGAGAUGCUGACCACCUUCGGCACGGCCACCUAUAAGGUGGGACUGAAGGUGCAUCCCAACGAGCAGGACCCCAGAGUGGCCAUCCUCUGCUGGGGAAGCUGCGCCUACACCAUCCAGUCUAUAGAGCGGCUGCUGGUGGAUGAGGAGAAGCCUCUGUUUGGGAGUUUACCCUGCAGACAGGAUGACUGUCUGAGCUCCUUGGUCAGGUUUGGUUCCGCAUGCUGGACUGCAGGUUGCCUUUCCACUGUACAGACACACUUCAUCAGACUCUUAGCAGCCUUGGUUCCAGACCCUCAGGUGAACGGUUCUCCCUGCAUCCUGGAUGUAGACAUGUUUCACCUACUGGUGAGUCUGGUGCUGUCGCACUCGUCUGUCCACUGUCUGGACGACUCAGGUGUGACUGUGGACGUCGGUCAGCUUCACUUCCUCCACCUGGUCACAAUGGCGCACGUGGUCCAGAUCCUACUCACCUCAGUGCCAGUGGAGAUGACGAUGGAGCAGGAGAGUGGAGGAGCGGAGAGGGAGGAAGAGGAGGCAGUGUGUCGUCUCUACAACUCUCUCAGGACACACCUGGGCAGUGCCUUGUGUGAGGUGAGCUCAGGUUGGCAUCUGUGGCGUUGUGUGAAGGCCGGCAUCCUGCCCUACCUCAGGGCCACAGCCAUCUAUUUCCACCACCUCAAUGGAGUCACCCCCCCACCAGAGCUGCAUGUUGUCGGCCCUGGCCAGUGGGAGGCGCUGUGUGGAUAUCUCUCUCUGCCAUGCAACCUCCUCCAGCUCUUCUACAGCCAUCAAGACCUAAUGGAGCCCUUACUGCAAGGGUGGUGCUCUCACCCGGCUGUCAAACAGUGCCUGCAGGGGAGCGGGACUCUGGUCAGUUUCCCUCGCGAGUCCAACCAGCUGAUUGAACUGCCAGAAGAUUACAGUGCCCUCAUCAACCAGGCCUCCAGCUUCACGUGUCCCAGGUCGGGCGUGGACAAGUCGCGUGCGCCCACACUGUGCCUGGUGUGUGGGGCGAUGCUGUGCUCCCAGAGCUACUGCUGCCAGACGGAGCUGGACGGGGAGAAGGAGGAGGUGGGGGCCUGCACUGCACACACAUUCUCCUGCGGCGCCGGGGUCGGCAUCUUCCUCAGGGUGAGGGAGAGUCAGGUGUUGUUCCUGGCUGGAAAGACCAAGGGCUGUUUCUAUGCCCCACCUUACCUGGACGACUACGGAGAGACAGACCAGGGCCUCAGGCGAGGGAACCCCCUCCACCUGUGUCGGGAACGCUACAGAAAGAUUCAGAAGCUGUGGCGUCAGCACAGCAUCACCGAGGAGAUAGGCCACGCCCAGGAGGCCAACCAGACGCUCGUCGGCAUCGACUGGCAGCACCUGUGAUAUUCUCACACACACACACCUGUCUACAAAUACCCACACAUCUACUCACACAUACACCAACACACACACACAAAUGGACACACAAACACACACACACAUUCGCGAGUCCCCCCCCGUUGUACACGUAGGGGCUCUGCACGUAAGGGCUGAGGUAACCAUGGCGAUGCCCCCCCCUCUCUGUGAUUGGACACAUGCAUGUAGUUCUCACGUUGCUUUCCUCUUUUCUGUUGGACAUAUGAGUUAAUAUAUAAACAUAAUCUAUUUCAAAACAGACUCACUCACUCGGCCCCCGUGGAGCUGCCAACGAAGGGCACAGCUGCACUGGGUUGAUUAGGUGAUCCAUCGGCCCGUUGAUUGAUUGGUUGAUUGAUCGAUCGAUUGAUUGAUCGAGUGGCUAGAGCCAGAUCUUUCAUAUGAAUGUUAUAUUAAUUUAAUACAUAAGCUAGUCUGUCACAUGGAUACGCACACACACACACACACACACACACACACACACACACACACACACACACACACACACACACACACACUGGGCUGUUGUUAAUUUAAUACAUCAGCUAGUCUGUCAAAUGGAUACUGCUUUGACCCAGAAACUUCCCGGCAUUUGCACCCACCAACCCCAAAAAGCACAACACAAGCUCAAAGCCACACACACACACACACACACAGGGCUGUUGCAUAUUUCCUCCACAUCUUCAUAUUUCACUUGUCUGUCUCUGCCUGUCUUUCUGUGCGCUCUCUCCCUCAGACACACUCUCCGUCACACACUCUCCCUCACACACACUCCCUGUGUCCCCAGCAAUCCCUGGUGUGGGAGAACCAAGCGCUUCCCUGCGGAACUGGCCGCCAGCCAACCGCAGGAGCCCUGGGAGCGUACACACACACACACACCUUUGUCACGAGUGCCUGCGUGUGUGAAGUUUUAAAAACUUUCUCAGAGUGACCGCGUGUUCUCAGAGUAAGACAGUGUGUUUGGUGGCUUUUAUAGAGGGCUGGGUUUCUUUGGAUGUGUGUGUGUGUGUGUGUGUGUGUGUGUGUGUGUGUGUGUGUGUGUGUGUGUGUGUGUGUGCGCGUGCGCGCGCGUUUAGAAUGUUUUUAAGACCCUUUUGGGGUUUUCAUUUGUCUGUUUUUUUUCUCUCUCAUUUUGUAACUUGUUAUUGAAUUUAACCUCACAAGAAGCACUAACAAGUCCAGAGUAAUGCUGUUUUGUUUUCCAGACUUGAGUCAUGUGGAUAUUGUGCGUUGUGGGACUCUGUUGUAUUUUAUUUAUUUUUUUUGUAGCAUUUGUUUUAGGACUUCUAAGCAGGAAUAUGUCUAUAUAUAUCUAUCUCUACAUACAUGGAUGUAUUUUUUUGCUCUUUAGUACCAAAAUCAUUGGACCUUAAUCUGCCAGUUUUGACCCCCAUAAUGACAGAUUACUCUGUGGAGAAAAAAAGCAGACUUUCAUUGUGGCCACAGUCCCGUGACAUACAGUAAGCAACAUAACCCCCAGAGUCCCGUGACAUACAGUAAGCAACAUAACCCCCAGAGUCCCGUGACAUACAGUAAGCAACAUAACCCCCACAGUCCCGUGACAUACAGUAGGCACAUAACCCCCAGAGCUCAUGAUCUAAUUCACGCCUACAGGUAUCAUCCCACCUCAGACUUCACAAGUGUUGGUGGCCAAGGACCUUACAGUGCAGACCAACCCCUGUGGAGUCUGACACACACACACACACACACUCCUACCCGCCUGGCAUCCAGCUGAUUUUUUUUAGUUUGGGUUUUAUUGUUGCGUUGCUUCUGCCCAGCCAGCCCACUCGUGCCAGCCUGGCCCAUGUGGCACCAGAGGUCCUGACGGGACCGCCAUGUCGCCCGCCAUGCUUUGGGCACGGAGUGGACGCAGUCGUCUCCCUGCCCGCACAGGCAUGUUUUUGGACGCCUGCGGCCCUGAGACCACACACAGCCGUAGUGUCAGACUGACUUGUUAAUAUGUGAAUUCUUGUAUAAAUGGGUAUAUUGUACUAUAUUGUAAAACAAUAAUGGAAUAAAUAAAUAAACAGGAAAAAAUA